CCGUCGAAGACUCGUCUCUUAGCAGAGCCAAAAUCAACCAACUUCUCAAGAAAUAUUCCCCUAAGGAAAGAACAUUCCGCAACAAGUUUGAACUGACGUCGUCAGAAGGAGACGUCUUGCCCCAAUCUACAGAAGAGCAUACAACCAACACUAGUCCCUCUAUGGCGUCAGGUAAUGUAUCUUACAUACUUGUCUCGUCAUUUUUUGUCUUCAUUUUUUUUUCUUUUUUUUUUUUUUUUUUUUUCACUGACAUCACCAAACGUCCUCCAGAGAACACCAUGUCUACUAGAUCAAAGACCCCUACCGUCGGCCUCUCUGAAGCGGAAAUGCUAGAACGGGCCAGGAAGAGGAAACAGGCCGCAAGUGCUUCUGCAGUGACCCCGUCAUCCAUGGGCGCUCCCAAGAUUGCUAGGACGGCACCCAACAGAGACCCCAAACCUGUGAAGACGCCUCUUGGAGAAGGAGAAACUUUUACUAUCUCCCUUCCCAAGAACUUCUGUGAAAUCACUGCCCCGACAAUCUUCCCGUCGGCGGAGAAGCUGGCGUUUCCUGCACCUCAGCGUCGCCUAGCCAGCUUGCCCUUGCUUACAGUGGCGAACGAAGGAUUGGCCCUGCAAAUACAUGCGUCACAACAUUCUCUGGCCCUACGUUCUGCUGCCCUCACUUUAGAGAAGGAAUGCAAGACACUCCGCGAAAAGUUGGACCGGUCUUCGGCGUCAUUGACAGCGGCAGAAAAGAAGGUGACGGAGCUGUCCGAGGAGUUGGCUAAGAGAAAGGCCAGAAUGCUAGCCAUGUGAUCAGCCUGGCGUCGAUGAAGGAGGAGACGGACGCCACAAUCGCCAGCCUCCGUGAAGAACUGAUGGACGCCGCUAGCCGAUACACCUGGAAGACUAAGGCGAGGCUGAUGAAGCAGUUCCUGGAGGGACAGACGUCGAAGUGGACGCCUGAAGCAGACAUCCAGCAAUUCCUGGAAGUUUUUGGGACGCCGGAAGAUCUGAUCCCUGAAGGCGAGAGUAACGCCGACGUCAUGGCGACGGCGGAUUCUGGCGUCAAUGCUGAAACUGACGGCGCCGCUUGACUCUCAAUAGUUCCUGCAAGGUGCUGCGUCACCGAUAAUUGUUAAUUAGCUUUUGCAAUAGUUGUUUCAAGGUGAUAUGUCACCGAAACUUUAUAUUUUGUGAUGUUUCUUUUGCUACACUUUAGUAGUUUUGCUUUGUAUGUUUUCGAAACGAUGUUAUGUUGUGUUCAAGAAUUGUGUUGAUGUUACGUCAUGGUGUGUU